AUGAUGACUGCAAGUUUAUUGCUGGCUUCCAACUGCAGUCUGCACCCUUCAGAAGUGUCCGAUUGGUAUGAUCAAGAAUGCAGUGCAGCAGAAACCAGUAUUCAAAUGAGGAACUAUUUUCACACAUCCUCUGUUGAAUACGAAACCCCUAAACAGUCGCAAAGUUGGCAAAUACGCGAUUUGGAUGAAACUGACUCACCUAUCGAUCAUGACAGAGUGAUGGAUGGUAGAAAUUUUAGUUCGGAUUAUCGAUCAAUCUCCAAGGAGAGCAGUGCUUCCAUAGAACCAUUCAUUAAUGACCAAUGUUGGGAAAAAAAUACUCCAAAGGCAGAUCAAGGACUCUUGCGUGAUAGUGUUAUCUGGGCCCCACCACUGAAAAGCGACACGGCAAUUAUCCUGAAACGCACAUUACUGCGACAAUCUGUCAGCAGUGGAGAAUCUGUGGAUAGUGAGACACGACGUACCAUAAGUCAGCUAAAAAAUUACAACGCCACGGAAGAUUCUUGCCCGUCGCCUAUUGGGACGAUUUAUCGACGUAUCAGUCAUCCGGAUUUUGAGCAAAAAGCAACUCAUUGGGUCAAUGUGUUGUUUGACUUUCAUGUUGGGAACGAAAAUCGAAUGCAUAUGAAGAUUCGGCGGGACAUUUCAUUCCGGUGA